AUAACUGCGGCAAUAUUGCAACCCUGAUGUUUUUUUGCAGAUGCUCAGCUGGUACUUAUGCAUAUAUUUUGCAAAUAUUUUGCGCGGCAUGCAAUUGAUAGCAUGGUGGAGAGUGAGAGUGCUUUACUUUUGAAAUACAAACAAAAAAGGAAAGAAAGUUUUGCGCGUAAAAAGAAAUGGCUGUUGACUGAAAUUUUAAAAAAGAGGACGAUAGUGAAAUCGCAAAAUUUUUUCAAGACAAUUCCAUUUUAUCCUCCGGACAUAUAUUUGUCACAUUUUCGGAUGUCUCGUGAAACAUUUGCGGAAUUAAAGAGCGCCUUGGAGCCUUUUUGGAUAACGUCACGAGGGGAAUAUUCAAUGGAUCAGGCCUUGCAUAUUACCCUGUGGAAGCUUAGUAACAGCAGAGUCACUUAUCGUGAAUUAUCAGAUAAAUUUGAUGUUUCAAAAGGGACUGCCCACAAAAUUUUUCUUAAAACGAUCAAUGCAAUUUGUCAGUUGAAGCAUGAAAUAUGUUGGCCAUCAAUUUCCCAACAGCAAACAAUAAUGGAGCGUUUCCAAGCGAGCCGGCCGAAUGCAUUUCCUUUCGUAGUCGGCUGUUUGGAUGGGACACAUUUUAAAAUAAACACACCGAAGAAGGAUGCAAUUAGCUACUAUGACCGAAAGGGGAACUAUUCCAUUAUUAUGCAGGGCAUAUGCGACAGCACAUUUCGUUUCUUGGAUGUUUUUAUCGGCUACCCAGGGAGCUGCCAUGACGCCAACGUAUGGAAAAAUAGUCCGAUAUACAAAGGAAUUACGUGUGGAGAGAUACAACUUGCAAAAGAUGCUAUAAUUUUAGCUGACUCAGCUUAUCCUCUUUCAAAAUAUUUGAUCGCGCCUUAUAGAGAUAAUGGACAUCUGUUGAGAGAGGAGAAACAAUUUAAUUAUUAUUUAAGUUCAACUCGGGUAUUCAUAGAACAAGCUUUUGGGAUUUUGAGGGGAAAAUUCAAAAUUUUAAAUCAUAUUGAUAUUCAAAAUAUGGAAGAGGUAUCAAAAGUAGUAUUAGCUUGUGUAAUUUUGCAUAAUUUAAUAAUGCGGAACAAUUUUAAUGAUUCUGAAAUCAAUUAUCCAUUGGAAAAUUUCGAAAUAUUUAAUGAAAACGAUGCUGAAAUGCAUGAAAACAUAAAUGAUACUAACGAAGGUAUUAUCAAAAGAAAUAAUUUAAAAAUGUUGUUUGUUUCUUAAAUUUUUUAUUUUUUAAAUAAAAAUGUUAGUAAAUAAAUAUAUGUA